AUGUCCAGAAUGACGUAUCAAGACAACCUUGAACAAUGGAUUCCAGGCCUAUGCCGACUUCUUCAAUCAUGCGUCAAUAUUGAUCCGGCCUCGUCUUCUCUCGGCUUUCGCGCACCGCUCUCUGUAGUCACAGCAACGGCAUAUUGGGAAUCACUAUCAGCCCAACUGUUCGGGGUGGAACCUACAACCACGUUGUUCGUUGUCACUCGUGCAUCGCAACCAGACUUCAAAGUCAUCGGGACAUUCCAACUGGCCACUCAACUGAAAGAGACGCACGCGCACAAGGCAGAGGUCAGGAAGUUGAUGGUCGCCGCAGAAGAGAGGAGCCAUGGGCUGGGUAAGAUGCUCAUGGCUACGGCAGAGAAAUUCGCGUUGGAGGCACUGGGCAAAACAUUGCUAUUGCUAGACACCUCGACGGAGAGUCCGGCACGUACUUUCUACUUGAGGCUUGGGUAUACUGAAUGGGGUGUCUGCCCGAACUACGCUACAAGUGCCAUCGGGCAGUUGCAUGAUGUUUCAUUCUUCCUCAAGGUUCUGGGCACAUCUAACGCAGAUGGAAAAUCGAACACUGCUGAUUAG